AUGUCGAUGGAGCAACUGAUGGCGCUGGUGCCGCUGGAGGCGGCGCUUGCGGGCAAGGAGAAGGGCGGCAGAAAAUCUCGAUGGGAGAGGCCGAAACCAAAAAAAAAGGGUGUUUCCAAGUGGGGCCCUGUGGACGACAAGGACUUCCUUCCGCCGCCGUAUGUGGAUCUCCCCGUGGGCAUGACGGCUCCGCAGAUGGACCGUUUUCUCCGCGAACAGCGCUUCGAUGAGCUGCAGAGGAAACUCGCCGCGGGUGAUUACGAGUUCGGCGACCCAGACAUCCGACCACCGUCGCCUCCGCCCAUCUACGACCGGAACGGAAGUCGUAUCAACACGCGCGACGUCAGAGUGAAGUCUGCAAUGCAGGCCGAGCAGCAGCGCCUGACGGAGUUCAUGGUCAAGCACCUUCCAGGCUUCGUCCCGCCGCCCGACUGGAAGCCGGCGAAGAAGGUUCGCCGCAUCGAGAUCCCCCUCGACAAGUAUCCAGACUACAACUUCAUGGGAAUUAUUAUUGGGCCGCGAGGCUGCAACCACAAGCGCCUGGAGGCUGAGAGCGGCACGACGAUUUCCGUCAGAGGACGAGGCACGCAGAAAGAAGGCAAGCGCGACCACCAGACGGAGGAGGAGGCGUCGAUGCCGAUGCACGUCCACAUCUGCGGAGACACAGAGGAGGCGGUGGAGAAAGCCCUCGCGCUGAUUGAGCCUCUCUUGGAUCCUCUCCACCCUGCCCACGAGGAAUUCAAGAAGCGCGGCCUGGAGCAGCUCGCGCUGGUUAACGGUGUGAACUACUCCGAUCUCGAGGCGCGCCGCUGCCCCGUUUGCCAGGGGGCUGGACACACAGCCCAAGACUGUCCGGACGCGCAGGAGCUGCAGCCGUUCAAGAAACCCGAGGUGGAGUACCGCAAAAUGAUGAGCGAGUUGACCGGUGACUCGACUCUGGAUGGCUUGGACGACCCGUCGCUGGCGCGGAGCCCAGAGGACCCAGGGUCGCAGCUGCGCGGGUCUCCGUACGCCUCCUCGACGCCGAAUGCGCCCAACGCUGCGACACCUCCUCCAGGCGUCUCUCCUCCCUCGUCCUACGACCGGCACUCGUCUUCGCCCUCGCCCUACUCGGCUCACGGAAUGCGCGGGCCUGGGGGUCGCAUAGGCGGACCCAGCGGGGUCCCGCCGCCGCCGCCCAUGUCCGGCGCGGGAGACAGCAGGCCAGGGGGCUUCGGCGUCGGGCCCGUGCGGGGCAGGCCCGGGCUGGGAUACAGCGGUCGAGGUGCGGGCGGCCGAGGAGGCAGAGACGAAGAGGGCGACAAAGAGGCCUUCAUGCGGAGGGGCGGAAACGAGUUCUGGAGAGACAACCUCAGAGGAGGAGAGGGCGACUUUGGAGGAAACGGGCCGAGGCCUUGGGGCAGAGGGGGAGGAGCCGGAGGACCGGUUGGACGUGGCAUGGGCGUCUAUCCCGAGGUGAUAAUGCCUCCGAUGGGGAUGCCGGGAAUGCAUCCGCCGUGGGGAGGCAUGCCCCCCCCGGGCAUGAUGGGGCCACCCAUGGGCCCCCCUGGUGGACCCGACGGUGGCGGACCAGGAGGCGCCUGCCGGAGUCGAAUGGGUAGCGCCACGGGCGGGAAUGUUCCGCCAAACUUUGCUUGGGGUUCGGGCCCGUUUUCAGGCCACUUUCCGCCCCCAAUGUGGGGGCCAGGAUCGUCAGGGGGGCAGAUGGGGCCCUCGGGUUCAUCUGCAGGAGGUGGGUUCCCGAUGAACGGAGUGGGUGCGUUGUCGAGCAGCGCAAGCGACGCCGGUGGCAGCACCGGCGCGGCGAGCCAGGGCCCCGGAGGACCGUUCAUGAGUCCGUGGGGGUUCGGCGCUCCGGGCGCGGGUCCUGGUGGCGGCGCAAGUGGCGCAGGCACGGGGGCACCUCUCCCGAUGGCGCCGGCUGGGGCUCCACCUCCCGCACCCGAUGUUGACGAUAGAGAUGACGACAACAUGGACAUGAAUGACUGA